UACACGGACAAAACAAGAUAUAAAGAGCUGUAUGUUCCCUAUCUUCAUAGUUACUCCCUGCACUACCCCUUCUCACAUCGACCUUUAUCUCUACUUUUGUCACGAUGGCAUCUACGAAGAAACCCUACUUCGGGCUCACCGGAGGAUGGCUUAGUUUUUGGCUUGUGGUAGCAUGUGCUACCGAUAUGAUGCUAUUCGGAUACGACCAGGGUGUCUUCAGCGGCGUGGUAGUAACACCAGACUUCCUGGAAGUCCACGAUCUCGUCGGUCCAACCAAAACCAAAGUUCUUUCCACAGUCACUGCUAUUUACGAUGUCGGUUGUUUCUUCGGUGCCAUGCUGGCAUUUACAAUGGGCGAGCGACUGGGCCGCAAGAAGAGUAUUCUCUUGGGCAGUUUUAUCAUGGCAAUCGGGACUAUCAUCCAGGCAUCAUCAUACAGUUUGGCUCAGAUGUUUGUUGGCCGAAUUGUACUGGGGAUUGGAAACGGCAUCAAUACAUCCACGGCGCCCAUCUGGCAAACGGAAACCACGCAGGUGAAAUGGCGAGGAAAACUGGUCAUUCUCGAGCUCGGAUUGAAUGUUGGUGGUUACUGCAUUGUCAAUUGGAUCAAUUAUGGCCUAUCCUUCCGUGAGGGACCCAUUGCAUGGCGGUUGCCCAUCGCUCUGCAGUUAUUCUUUAUCAUUAUCCUAUUUCUCACCGUUCCGUGGCUUCCCGAGUCCCCUAGAUGGUUAUUAUCGCUUGGCCGUGAAGAAGAGGCAUUGGAGGUACUUGCAUGCAUCGAAGCCAAGACCAUUGAUGAUCCAUAUAUUACGACCCAGCAUGAUGAGAUCGAAUAUAGCAUCAACUAUGAGCGCGAAAAUGCUGUCCGGUGGCGAGAUCUUUUGAGUCGAAAAAAGGCCGACGGUACCAAAACCCUUCGCCGAUUGCUUCUUGGUGCUGGAACACAGGCUAUCCAACAAUUUCAGGGUAUCAACAUCAUGAGCUAUUAUCUCCCCCUCGUCCUCAUCAACUCGGUGGGAUUCUCCAAUAGCAUGUCCCGACUACUGACGGCCUGCAAUGCAACCUCGUAUUUCAUCUUCUCAUGCCUCGCAAUGACCAUGGUCGAGCGAUUUGGCCGUCGAGGUCUGAUGAUGCUGUCUGGUUUCGGGCAGUUCCUUGCAUUUCUGAUUAUCACCAUUCUUCUGUGUUUUGCAGAGAAGAACACCAUCUAUGGCACUGCCUCUGUUGCUUUCUUCUUCCUGUAUCAUGUGGCUUUUGGAAUUGGUAUGCUGGGCGUGCCAUGGCUGUAUCCGACUGAAAUCAACUCAUUGCCCAUGAGAACCAAGGGAGCGGCGCUUUCGACUGCGACAAAUUGGAUCACCAACUUUGCCAUCGUCGAAAUCACACCGAUUGGAAUCCAAAGUAUCGGAUGGAAAUUCUGGAUAGUAUGGACUGUGCUGAAUGCAGUAUUUCUACCGGUUAUUUACUUCCUCUACCCCGAGACAGCAAACCGGACUCUUGAAGAUGUGGAUGCCUAUUAUCGUUCCAACCCACCACUCAUCGUGGUCGGUGACCCCGACGCCAUCUCAACCAAGCGACCGCUCAAAUUCAUCCAACACGAAGACGAGGAGGUCCAGCGAAAUGCAAAGAUUGGCCGGGCUGCAGUUCCUAAGAGCGAUGACUUGGCUACUGUGGAACAUGUCGAUUGAAAAACCAAUAUUGAAUAGCAGACAAACAUAUUCAGCGGGUUGCUUUUUACGAUAAGCAAUAGGCAUGGCAUAUUUAGCUCAUAUAUACUUGCAUAGUAUCUCGAUACACUCCCAUAGAUGAAUGGUUCAAGGAUACUCAACCUCUCCUUCC